AAUCACCACCAUUUUAAUACUUUAGUUCAUUAAAGGUCAAAAACAAAAUUAGUAGUUCGUUCAUUAGUUAAUUAAAACCAAUUAGCUAGCUAUCUUAUUUGACUUGACUGCACAACAUUGACCAAUAUAUACAUAAUUUGUUCAUUUACCAGCAUCACAAGGCUUAUCUUCUAUUCUAUGUCCAGAAACAUGGCCAAUUCCUCAACAUUCUUCUUACUGUGGAUGCUUUGUAGUGUUGCUCUUGCAAUCUUCAUUCAGGCACAACAACAAACAGGGUUCAUAAGCAUUGAUUGUGGUAGUCCUGAGAAUCUUCCAUACACAGAUGAUGUAACAAAUAUAAAGUAUAGCAGUGAUGGAUCUUAUAUACAAACUGGUGUUAACAAAAACAUCUCCACUGAAUAUGCAUACCCGAAAAAUCCCAAUUUGCCAGAGCCACUCUCUGAUCUCAGAAGUUUCCCUCAAGGAGUGAGGAACUGUUAUGGCUUAAUUGCUGGAAGAAAAGGCAAUUUACAUUUGAUCAGGGCUUCCUUCUUGUAUGGAAACUACGACGGCGAAAACAAUCUCCCUGAAUUCGAUCUUUAUGUCGGCGCCAAUUUCUGGUCAUCGGUGACAUUUAGAAAUGCUUCAGAGGAAGUUGUAUUGGAAAUUAUCAGCAUGGCAGAAUCAGAUGUUACUAAUGUUUGUCUUGUAAAUAAGGGAAAAGGAACUCCUUUUAUCUCAGCAUUGGAACUUAGGCCUAUUUAUAGUCCUAUUUAUAAUGCAGAGUUUGGUGAAUCUUCUUCUUUGUUACUUUUCAAAAGAUGGGACAUUGGUUCAAUAAUCAAUGCAAGCGGAAGAUAUCAAGAUGACGUCUAUGAUAGAAUUUGGUCUCCUUAUGAUUCCCCCUCUUGGGAUUCUGUAAAAACUUCUUCAGAAAUCAAUGUCAAUGCUAAUGGUUAUAGAGCACCGUUUGAAGUCAUGAAGAAUGCUGCUAGGCCUAGGAAUAACAGCGAUUCUUUGGAACUUUCUUGGACCCCAGAUGAACCGAAUUCAAAGUUUUAUGUCUACUUGUACUUUGCUGAAUUGGAUCAGCUUCAGAAAACACAGUUGAGGAAGUUUACUAUAUCUUGGAAUGGAUCUCCCUUGUUUGAACCUUUAGUUCCGCACUACUUAUAUGCAACCGUUGUUUCUAAUUCGAAACCAUUGGUGGCGAAUGAACAUCAUGUUUCUAUACAGAAGACAAAAGAUUCAACCCUUCCACCUAUUCUUAAUGCAGUUGAGAUUUAUGUUGUAAGAGAGCAAGACACAAUUCCAACACUUGAACAAGAUGUUGAUGCUAUGGUGGACACUAAAGAAAGAUAUGGAGUUCAAAGAAAUUGGGUUGGCGAUCCGUGUGAGCCAAGGAACUACUCUUGGGAGGGUAUAAGAUGCAACUACAGCGCUUCACUUCCUCGCCAAAUUAUAUCACUGAAUCUAAGCUCAAGUGGUUUGAGUGGAAUAAUAGCUCCUUCCAUUGCCAAUCUCUCUUUGCUGGAAUCAUUGGAUUUAUCUAACAACAGCUUAACCGGAACAGUCCCUCGGUUUUUAGAAGAACUGAGAUUCCUUAAAUAUUUGAACUUACAAGGUAACAAAUUAUCAGGUUCUGUCACUAAUACUCUUGAAGAAAGAUCAAGGGCUGGAUUACUAACAAUGAAGGUGGAUGAUCAAAAUCGAUGCGCCUGGGGUGACAAAAAGAACAAAAAGGUUGUUGUUCCCAUAGUUGCCUCAUUAUCAUCGGUUUUAGCUCUAUUGGUUGUUUUCAUCUUGAUUUGGAAGUUUAUGAGAACUAAUAACUCAGAUGAGGAGAUGAGCAAGCCCAUCAAUGGAGUAAGAACCGUAGCGUCAAGGAACUGGCAAUAUACCUAUGUCGAGGUCUUAGAGAUCACGGAAAACUUCAAAACGGUCAUCGGGAAAGGAGGAUUUGGAACUGUGUAUAUUGGUAAGACAAAAAAUGGCAACCAAGUUGCAGUUAAGGUGUUUUCUCCAUCAUCAUCAUCACAGGGCCCAAAGGAAUUUCAGACCGAGGCUGAGCUCUUGAUGACUGUUCAUCACAAAAAUUUGGUAUCAUUCAUUGGUUACUGUGAUGAUGAUAAUAAAAUGGCACUCAUAUAUGAGUACAUGGCGAAUGGCAACCUAAAAGAUUCUCUCUCAGUUAGAAACUCACAAAACUUGAGCUGGGAAAGGCGAAUUCAGAUAGCGAUUGAUGCUGCAGAGGGAUUGGAUUACCUACACCAUGGAUGCAAGCCACCUAUAAUACACAGAGAUGUCAAGUCGGCUAACAUUCUUUUGAACGAAGACUUAGAAGCGAAGAUAGCCGAUUUCGGCCUCUCUAGGGUGUUUCGCAAUGAAAAACAAAAUGUAGAAGUAUCAGCAGUCCCCCAGAAUGAUAACAAAAAUACAGAAUCAGCAGUCAUGGGAACCACUGGUUACCUUGAUCCAGAAUACUACAAAUUGAGGAACUUGAAUGAGAAGAGUGACAUCUACAGCUUUGGAAUUGUUCUAUUGGAACUAAUCACGGGGCAGCCGGCUGUAUUAAAAGGCGAGCAGCGAAUGCACAUUCUUGAUUGGUUAAGGCCAGAGCUUAAAAGUAAAGAUCUGAGCAGAGUAUUGGAUCCAAGGCUGCAAGGGCAAUAUGAUGAAAAUGCUGCAUGGAAAGCAUUAGUAAUAGCAAUAUCAUGCACUGCAUCAAGCUCCAUUCAGAGGCCUACAAUGAGUGUUGUGUUAUCAGAAUUAAAGCAGUGUUUGAAGGUGGAAUUGCCUAGUCCUAGUGAUACAAUUGUGGUGCCAAGAAAUGUGUAUAGUGAACUUUAUAGUUCAUCUGAAGCAUAUUCCAUGGAUAGUGAAUCAAUCACCUACCCUUUCCCAAGAUAGUGUAAUUAAGCAUUCCUAAAGCUUCUUCAAUUGUUGUACUAAUGAACUACUGCAUAUAUCA